AUGGCGUCUGUCACAUGCCGUGGCGAUCUUCACAUGGAUGUAUUGGGUCCCUUGAACAUCAUCACCAAGAUCCAGCCUGCGGUCGAGAUCUCUGAGAAAUGCGUCGACUCGGGCUCGUCUCAGCCGUCUUCGCCUGAGAUGGAUACCCCAAGAGUGAAGAGAAUCGAUCCGCCUCAUUAUAGCCCAGAGUCACCAACGCACUCGGGCCGUCGUACGUCCUCUGUGGCCAACUCAGUUCAGCAUUCUCGGUCUGCAUCUCGCAGUACGGCGAGGUCAAGGCCGCCGAGUCGACAUAGCUCUUUUAAUUCGACCAGACGGCCCGUGACGACGGCUAGUAUCGUCUCCGUCCCACCGCCAAGGGCUACACCCCAUGAAAGAAGGGAAUCUUUGUUGGCACUACACCGCGAGUCAUGUCGCCUCUUCGAGGGCCAGGAGUCUGCAGAUAAUAUACGACCUACUCUGCAGCGCGCAUUCUCAACAACCUACCGCUCUAGACAAGAGAGUCAUACUUCAUCCGAUAUAGGCUACUCAGCACCACCUUCUCCGAUCGCUUCAUCCCAGUCUAGUCGUCGGGACUACGAACACCGCGGUUCACUAAGCUCGGCCGCUGCAUCCCCUCCAUUCCACCCAAGAGACCGCUCCAACACCCUCCCCAGUGGCACAGCCAGCGGACUCAUCCACAGCCCCUCCGCCUCCUCCAUGCACAUCCCAGCGACAGUGAUGGAAUGGACAUCGGACACGACCCGGCGACGCGAGUACGAGAAAAUUGACCGCUCUACCCGCGGUGUUCGAGGGCUCUGGCGCCGAGUUGCCCCACGCUGGUGCCAGCGCGACUCGCGAGCGCCCUUCUUCGAAGAAGGCAAAAAGGGACGGCGAAGGCAGCGUCCGUCGAUUCAGAAUGGACCUCCCAGACGAAGAAUCCGGCUCAGAGCGAGAUCAACCCGAACCACAGUUCCUUGA